ACACACACACACACACACACACACUCACUCAUGUUGCCUCUCUGUGCGCAUAAUGAUUCAUCAACCACCGUUUGCUCAUGAGACCGUGAUUUCGGGUCCGAUGAGUUCAUUUUCGGAGCUGAGUGUUUUGUCGUGGGCCCUCGGAUGCCCCCACCCCCACCUCUCUCAUCCCGCGUCUCGACGGACCAAACGCUGCUGCUGCAGCAUCACCGGCAGCCUCCAAACUGCGUUUUCCCUGCCGUGAUGGAUCCUUCUGUAAACCGGUGAGCUGCAAUCAGAAGACCGCUGCACUGUGGGAAGGACAGACAAGCAAUGACCGCGGCAAGAUUGUGUCAUACAUCUAAGGGAUAAAAAGAAAGGCAGUUAUAUUUCUAGCAAUGUAAUAGGACCGUCUUGUUUACCUUCCCGACAGAUAAACAGCCGGGUGACAGUGAUAUUACGGCCGACAUGUAAGAGCUGGAUAACUAUCCCCGUGUGACCGACACCCAUCUGCAGCUGCUUACAAUAAAAUGAAAAAGGAUGAGCCCUUCAGGUCUGUAGACCCAUUCUGAUUGGAGACAUGUUCUAAGUACGACAUCUCAGCCACCAUGAAAGGGUUAGGAGCCAACCGCAGUCGUCACCUGUCCGACUCAUGUGAACCAGCGGGAUGCCCACAGAAGCCUCUUUGUCCUUUAACCUCAGAUCCUCACAGCUCCUUUCUGUUGAGCCCCACCUUAAACCACUAUGGCACUCUGGACCCGCAUCUCCACCAGUGCCCUCCCACCAGCCCAACUGCCCUGACCCCUGACUGCUUGCUGCCUUUCAACCAGAUGUCCAACAGCAGCACCUUCCCUCGUCUGCACUUCACCUCCCAGACUGACCAGGCUGACUGCUCCCAGGGCUGUUUGGCUGGUGGUGGGGUGGGACAGGGCAGCAGGGCAGGUACACUAUCCAGCUCUUUGUCUAUGGGUAUGGGCUUGGGUCUGGGCCUCACUGGUGCUCCUAUGAUCACCAGUGGAUCAGCCACCAUAUCCUCAGCAGCAGCAGCCAAGAUGAAUCGGUUACCCUCCAACCUUUUGGAUCAACUAGAGAGGCACCUGCCCCUGCAGCGUGAUGGCUUCAGUACUCUGCAGUUUCAUAGAGGACGCAUGUCGAAGCAACGCAGUGAGAGUCCAGGACGCAUACGUCACCUGAUGCACUCUGUGCAAAAGCUAUUUGCCAAGUCCCAGUCCCUGGAAAACUCUGCAAUCAAAGGCAGCAUAAACGGGCGCUCAGCUGGAGGAAUGACUGGCACCAUGGGGGCUGGUGAAGAUUGUGGUAGACCAACCCGCAGGAGCAAGAGUAAAGACAGGGCUAAAACUGAGGGGCCAAAGCAGAGACCCAGGCCCAAUGCACUAGGCCUCUGGAGCUCAGAUGAUGCCCUGGACACUGACACUACCAAAGCUGGCACUAUUGCUGUAGGUUACCGCAACCCACUGAGCAUGAUGACUCUUGGCAGAGCGGUUUCAGACAGCCAGGCUCCUCCCAGACAUAUCCCACAGGGCUACAACACUAUUUCUGCACAUACUCUCAAGACCUCUAAAAGCAGCAGCGACCUCAAGUUCCUGGCAUGCCCGGCGACACAGGUAGGAUCUAAGGAAGAGGAGGGAAGAACAAGGGGAAGCAAGGAUGACACAUUGGUGAAGAGGGGCUCCUGGUCCACUCUCACGCUCAGCCAGGCCAGGCAAGUGUUGCAGAAGGGUUCUGCUACCGUCAACAGGACCCUGCUUAAAUCUAAGUCAUGCCACCAAGACCUGGCACAACAGUUCCUUCAGGUAGGAGGGCCAGUUCCACUGGGGGACUGGGCAGGAACUUUGGGUCGCGGCCGGCCCAGAGGAACUGAGAUCCCCUGUCGAAGGAUGCGCAGUGGCAGCUAUGUGAAAGCUAUGGGAGACUUAGAAGACAGCGAAGACUCCGAGGGAAGCCCCAAACCUUCCCCCAAAUCUGCAGCUCGUCGCCAGAGCUACCUGAAGGCCACGCAGCACUCCCUAAGCGAGCAACAGCCGCCACCACCUCCACGCAACACUCUGCCGUCCCUGAAAGAGCUGUCGACUAAUCGGAGCCUCGAUAACUUAGACUGCCUGGUGAGCCCGUUGGAGGCCCCUCCUCGCCACAGGAACAAUGAUUUCAGCCAGUGCGCUGGCACACUGGGCAGAGGCUCGGGCACUCAGCGUGUGAGUCUGCACACGUUCUUUCAGGUAUGUGGGCAGGGCUGUGGGCACUCAGUACCAUACUGUGACGGCGAAUCGCAGGCAGUGGAUGCUCUGGAUCUGCCCGCGCCAACGUGCUUCCGGUCACGCAGCCACAGCUACCUGCGGGCCAUCCAGGCGGGUUGUUCCCAGGAUGAGGAUACGGCCUCUGUGGACUCAGACUCACCACCACCCACCACUACAGGCUAUAGCUACAGCUCCAACACCAUCAGUAAUAGAAAGGCUCCUCCUCCAGUCCCACCCCGCACCACCUCCAAGCCCCUCAUCUCAGUGACGCUGCAGAGCAGCACUGAGUCAGCCCAGGACACAUACCUUGACCAGCAGGACCGUGGCAGUGAGGUCAACAGCCAGUCAGGACGCAGCAACUCCUCUGACAGUCUCUGUAGCAUCCGCACGGGCAGUCUGGCUAAGGGAACCCAGCCUCCACCAGCUGCUGUCCCUGCCGCAAUCCCUGCACCCACUGCAGGCUCUGUACCUCCUGUUCCAGCCCCUCGUGACCUCCCUCCCACCAUCACUGUUGCCACCGCCACCACCUCCACAUCUACCCUGCCCCAAAAUGACACCCUGGGCACUGGAAUAACCCUAGCGCAGGCCCCGACUGCACCCAAGAGGAAACUGUCCUCAAUCGGAAUUCAGGUGGAUUGCGUUCAUCCAAUUCCAAGAGAGGAACCACUAUUCCUGGCUACACCCCUAAAAUUUCAGUCAAUUGGAGUUCAAGUGGAGAACGGCAGGCCUCUCAGCCGGGACAGCAGUAUGGCCUCCAGACAAAAUACAGAGACUGAGCCUCAGGAGCCCCAGGAUGCCGCACCCACAGAAAACAACAUAACCAACUGUACUAACAAUCAAUCAGUGAAUAGCGCUGCGCCCAACGGACAGGACAAAGCCAUGGAACAGCAGCCCCUUAAACACACCUCAGUCCCAACCAGGAUAUCCAACUCAACCCAGGAGACUCUGGAUCCAGCUUUAGACCCGUCCUCGUUGCCACCGCCAGACCCUAGCCUGGAGACCGGAAACUGCUGCGCCCAUGGAGAUUCUGUUCAACCCAGCACGCCAUCUUGCCUCCGAGAUGGCAACUGGUUUCUAAAGCUGCUGCAGGCAGAAACAGGCCGCAUGGAGGGCUGGUGUCAACAGAUGGAGAAGGAGACCAAAGACAAUAAGCUCUCAGAAGAAGUGCUGGGGACGAUCCGCAGUGCAGUAGGCAGCGCUCAGCUCCUCAUGUCACAGAAGUUCGAGCAGUUCAGAGGGCUCUGUAAUGAGAACUUGAACGUGAAUGCCAACCCACGACCAACAGCACAGGACCUCGCAGGAUUCUGGGAUCUUUUACAACUCUCAAUAGAGGACAUCAGCAUGAAGUUUGAUGAGCUCUACCAACUGAAAGCCAACAACUGGCAACUUCCUGAGAAAUCAGAGAAGAAGGAUGAAAACAAGCAGCUUCCAUCAUCUGUGCCAAAGAAGCAGUCUAAGCCCAGACUGUCUGCGGGGAAGGACAGGAGUGUGGACUCGGCUGUGGACAAGCAGAGGCAAGAAGCCCGAAAACGGCUGAUGGCAGCAAAGCGCGCGGCGUCAGUACGACAGAACUCCGCCACAGAAAGUGCUGACAGCAUCGAAAUCUAUGUCCCCGAGGCCCAAACCCGCCUCUGAGAGUGAACCAGCACCGAUCAUUGAGGAAAAUCCUGACUCACUUCAGACAUUCAUUGACACAAACACACAAAUAGAUCUGAGGCGAACACACAGACGUACAACGGAUGCACAGAGGCCGAUCCCUCAUAGCAGCACAGUUGAUGACAGGAGAAAUGUGGGGAUCACAGGGCACCGAAACAAUCCAGAAUAAUGCAGAUCAUCACCCUGCUUCCGUGGGACAAAAAUAACAUUGACAGAUGUUUAAUACUAUUGUUAUUAUUGUUAUUAUUGACAUUAUAAUAAUUAUUAUCUCCUAAAGUAUAUCAAGACUGUCUUAAAUGUGCAAGUAUCUUGGAUAAGGACAUCCUGUACCUUGUGAGCUGAAGAAUCUUGGUAUCCCAGAAGUUUACUCUCUUAAAACUCCCUUCACUGCUGAGUCUACCGGCAAGUUGUGGCUGCCUGGUUUACGAGCUGAGCUACCAUCCACACACACUCAGGACACACAUGCAGGUGUACUCACUGUCCACAGAGUCUUCCUGUUCUCUAUUUGUAUUAGGCUGCCACUCGUUGGGUGUGGUGUGUACGCUUUACUGUGUAAGAAUUAUGAGAUGGCGUUAAUGUACUCAGAGGUUUAAAAUGCAGAGAACCAGAGGAAGGCAGUAGCAUAUAUAUUAUAAAUAUCACACUAUUACAAUGUUCAUUUUGUAAAUGUUGUAUACCAGAUUAUUUGUUAGAAAGAGGUCAGUGUUCAGUACCAAGGUAGUUUUUUAUAGAUCAAGUACAUGUACUGUCAUGAUAUAUUAGCACUUGAUGCAAUCAUUCACUCCACUUCUCUCUCUCUCUUCCUCUCCUUUUCACAAACGCACACUACACAGUCUGUGUCUGUGAAUACCCAUUGUUAAAGUCUUACAUUUGUUUGUUUUUGUGAAGGGAUGUGAGGACCGACUGCCCAGCCAGUGAGCUAUAGAGGAAUGUAUGAAAUGUAUGCAUUUACAGCUCAUGUUGACUUGAUCACUGCACUUUCCAUUCACCUCAGAUCAAGUUCGCCCACCUUUGGUUGCCUGACCAUUCUGACUUUCACUGCAUCCUCAUGUGAUGUAGGGGACCAAGACUCACCACUUGACAUGGCAUUCCCAUUCAAACAGACUACAUGUGAUAGGGUGGGGGUGUACUUGCUACUGGAAAGGAAAUGGAAUACAUAGCAAUAAAUAAAUCAUAUUAGAAGAAGCAAUGCAGUAGGUACCCAGUCUUAAAUGAUUUAAUUCAGCAUCUCUAAUAAAACUUUCUUAGAAUGAAGGAUGAAUGUUAAUUUCUUUUAUGAACUGUCCUUGAAAAGACUAAAAUCUCAGGUUGAACACUCAAAUACAUCAGUAAAACCACUAUGAAUUGAUUAUUUAUUAUAUAUCCUCAAAUGAACUAGCCAAAUGCUCAGAACCAUUGCCAAAUGUUUCAGUUCCAGACCUACUCAGUGUUCUUUAAUAAGAAAAACAAGUUCACAUAAGGUUCGGUUCAGUGAAGUACAGGCUUAAUUUGACUGCUAAAAUCCGCCGUCUCCUUCACUCCCCUUUCUAGCAGCUUGAACUCCCACCCGCUUGUUUAGAAUGAAGAACUGUGGUACAUUUCUAAUUUAAAUUGUAACGUCAUUCGACACGUUUUGUGACAUUCAUUCGAAAAUGAGGUGAACCUAAACAUGUCUUGACUUCUGUAAUUAUAUAAAAAUUAAUGGUGCUGCGAGGGAUUUCGUAUUGUGCCAAAAUGGCAACGAUCAUCAACAUUUCAGUGUCAUUUGAUAAAGCUUUUAUUUAAAGUGAUUAUUUUAUUUAAUCUGCUCAUGAGUUUAGCUGUCUGUGUGCAUAUUCUCAGCAAAGUUUGUUUGUGUUCGGCUCACUCCAGAUACGCUAUGCCUACACUUUCAGCAUGGGACUGGAACAGUUUCCACAUUUCAGUUUUCUCAAAUGGGAACACAAGUGCCAAGGGUACAUGAGUGGAACAGGGCAUAACAAUUACUCAUGCACAAGUGUAGGUUGACUCACUAGUUUUUUUGUUUUUUUUUCUAGUAAGAGCUGGCUCUCCCCCUACUGGUCAGUCCUUGCGUGACACUCCAGACAUCUUGUCCUGCUCCAUUUUGAGUCUUUUAGUUAACAUCAGACAAGAAAUAAAAUUGAGCUGGGAAUGCUGACACAAUACCAAGUUGUUGAUUUUCUUAUUCUCUUAUUUGUAUUACAUCAACAAUGGACAUGUGCAUUUCAUUGUCCAAAGAAAUCAUUAAACAUCCCUUUGCUACA